GUUUUGACGUUCUCUUAAACUAGUUGCACCGAGCCGUUCAUAUGAACACGUAACAUCCGGUCGAGUAGCACUCGUUGCAGCAAAAAUGGCAGCCUUUUCUGAAAUGGGUGUUAUGCCUGAAAUCGCGCAGGCUGUGGAGGAGAUGGAUUGGCUACUGCCAACAGAUAUCCAAGCAGAGUCCAUUCCCUUGAUUCUUGGUGGAGGAGAUGUUCUCAUGGCAGCAGAAACUGGUAGUGGGAAGACAGGAGCCUUUAGUAUCCCGGUCAUCCAGAUUGUCUACGAAACCCUGAAGGAUCAGCAGGAGGGCAAGAAGGGCAGAGCUGCUGUCAAAACUGGUGGAACAAUUUUCAACACCUGGCAGAUGAAUCCAUAUGAUCGUAGCCCAGCCUUUGCAAUCGGCCCCGACGGACUCUGCUGCCAGAGCAGGGAGUUCAAAGAGUGGCACGGCUGCCGCUCCACCAAAGGUGUCACAAAAGGGAAGUACUGCUAUGAGGUAACCUGCCAUGACCAGGGUCUCUGCCGAGUGGGUUGGUCUACCAGUCAAGCUGCUCUGGAUUUGGGGACUGACAAGUACGGCUUUGGUUUUGGUGGGACCGGAAAGAAAUCCAACAACAAGCAAUUUGACAGCUACGGGGAGGAGUUUACCAUGCAUGACACUAUCGGGUGCUACCUGGAUUUGGACAAAGGCCAGAUCUCCUUCUCUAAAAAUGGAAACGACCUGGGUUCGGCUUUUGACAUCCCUCAAAAUUUAAGCAGCCAGGGCUUUUUUGCUUCAUGCGUCCUGAAGAAUGCUGAGCUGAAGUUCAACUUUGGAGGAGAAGACUUCAAACAUCCCCCUAAAAGUGGGUUUGUCGCUCUGGAUCAGGCACCGGAGAGUCACACCAUUAAAUCUUCCCAAACAGGCAGUGCCAAAGUGACUCAAGUGAAGGCUUCAUCAAACGCAGCCAAAGCCCUGAUCAUUGAGCCAUCCAAAGAACUGGCAGAACAAACCUUCAACAAUGUCAAGCAGUUUAAGAAAAAUGUGGAAAAUCCCAAACUAAGGGAGCUUCUUGUGAUCGGGGGUGUUGCAGCUAAAGAGCAGCUAGCAAUUCUGGAACAGGGGGUAGACAUAGUGGUGGGAACACCUGGAAGACUGGAUGACCUUGUUUCCACCGGAAAACUUAGUCUGUCCCAAGUCCGUUUCCUGGUUCUGGAUGAGUGUGAUGGUCUCCUAACAGCCGGAUACACAGACUUCAUCAACAGGAUCCAUAAACAAAUCCCUCAGGUCACCUCUGAUGGCAAGAGACUGCAGGUCAUCGUGUGCUCCGCCACACUGCAUUCCUUCGACGUGAAGAAGCUCUCCGAACGCAUCAUGCAUUUUCCCACCUGGGUGGACCUAAAAGGCGAGGACUCUGUCCCGGAAACCGUCCACCACGUGGUGGUGCCGGUCAACCCAAAGGCCGACCGGCAGUGGGAGCGCCUCGGCAAGAACCACAUCCGGACCGAUGAAGUUCAUGCCAAAGAUAACACCCGACCAGGAGCCAAUACGCCAGAAAUGUGGUCAGAAGCUAUCAAGAAGCUGAAGGGCGAGUACACGGUCAGGGCCAUCAAAGAGCACAAAAUGGACCAGGCCAUAAUCUUCUGUCGCACCAAGAUCGACUGUGACAACAUGGAGCAAUACUUCAUUCAGCAAGGAGGAGGUCCAGACAGCAAAGGUCACCAGUUCUCCUGCGUUUGCCUUCAUGGUGAUCGAAAGCCGAACGAGAGGAAGAAUAACUUGGAUCGCUUCAAGAGAAAAGAUGUGAAGCUGCUGAUCUGCACAGACGUGGCCGCCAGAGGAAUCGACGUCAGCGGCGUUCCUUACGUGAUUAAUGUCACCCUGCCUGACGAGAAGCAGAACUAUGUCCAUCGUAUCGGCAGAGUUGGUAGAGCAGAGAGAAUGGGACUCGCCAUCUCCCUAGUUGCUAUGGAAAAAGAAAAGGUGUGGUACCAUGUUUGUCAGAACCGAGGGAGAGGCUGCUACAACACCCGACUGAAGGAGGACGGAGGGUGCACCAUAUGGUACAACGAGAAGGAGCUUCUUUCUGAAAUCGAGGAGCAUCUGAAGUGCACCAUUACUCAGUGUGACACAGAUAUUAAAGUGCCUGUAGAUGAGUUUGACGGAAAAGUGAGUUAUGGACAGCGCAGAGCUCUUGGAGGCGGAAACUAUAAGGGUCACGUGGACGUUCUGGCCCCGACAGUCCAGGAGUUGGCCGUCCUUGAGAGAGAAGCUCAAACAUCUUUUCUUCAUUUAGGAUACAUGCCAAACCAGCUGUUCAGGGCCUUCUAAACAAAUAGCAUGAAAGCACUUCAGGCUUCUACCAUUAAUUGAAACACUCGCUUACUGAAACGGCAGAAUAUGAAGAUUUGUGCUGCCUAAUGAGCUACAGUUUUAAAAAAAAAAAAGGGUGAAUUUUUUUUUUUUUAUUAUUUUACAAUUCAAAAGUUUGGUUCUUGAGUCUAGUUUGAAGGAUUUUGUUUUAAAAUAUGCUAAAGUUUGUGGUUCAAGUGAAAGAAUGGCUGAAAGAGAUUACUGUUGGUCAGGAAUACAAAAGUUAAUCCUGAUCACUGUGAUUUUCUUUUUUUUUUCUGAAAUAAAUUGUUGUAGGCUGUUGAGUCUGGUUUCUCUGUCCAGUUAUGUUAAAUGAAAUUGUUUAAAUAGAGUUGAAUGGAGCUAUUUAAGUUUAUCAUUAAAUCAUCAAUAAACUUUGAUUAACAACACUA